CUCGUCUCCGUUUUCCCUUAUCCAUUUACUCCAACUUAGGGUUUUUCAAGCGAUUGCCUGAGAGUUUCAUUAAUUCAGGUUUCAACUCAUCUCCUAAUCUCUGUCAAAAUGAGUUUCCCAUCGCCUUCUCAAACCAGUGUUGUUACGCAACCUAAUCGUAGUGUUCUUAGAAAUUGCAUCCUUUCUCUUUACAAUUAAGGUUUUAGAUUGGGUUUUAGGGUUCCAAAUGAAUCCUUUCUUCUAAUUUCAGUACAUGUACCAGCUUUUAGUUGCCAAUUUCAUAAUCAUGGGUGGUGUUGCUACUUACCAUUUGAAGAGUGAAAAACUCACUACACCAGCAGAGAUGUACUGAAAUUAGAUUGGGUUUUAGGGUUCCAAAUGAAUCGUUUCUUCUAAUUUCAGUACAUGUACCAGCUUUUAGUUGCCAAUUUCAUCAUCAUGGGUGCUGUUGCUACUUACCAUUUGAAGAGUGAAAAACUCACUACACCAGCAGAGAUGAUUCAACCUCGUUACGACCCAGAGUAUAAAUUCCUAAUCCCGCAGCAUCAGCAGCGGCAGCCAAUGUGUGAAAUACGGCCAAGGGUGGCUAAGGCUAAGCAAGCCUCUCGGCGUACAAUCUUGGUGCAGCCGAGGUACAAAUGGCGCUUGUUCAGGUAUCAUCAGAACAAGUUGAAGAAUCAUCAAAACAAGUUGAAGAAAUCAACAACAUGCCUACAUCAAAAGAAGAAGGAUCAUCAUCAGAAUCUAAGAUUAGUAUUCCAAAACGAUUUUGGAUAAACUGUACGGAUGAAGUACUGUACUUCAGAUAUUCACCUUUGUUUGUUCACAUGGCUUCUGGAAGUUUAGGUGCUAAAGAAUUUAAUGAAUACGUUGCUAAUUAUGCACAUUUGCUGAACACUUUUCUGGAAGUGUAUAAGUUAGCAGCAGAUCAAUGUGAAGAUGUUUCUGAUGAGGCUGCAUUCUUAGGGUGGAGUUAUAAUGUGAAGCUAGAACUGAAAAGGCACAAUUCUAUUGUUGAACAGAAACUGGGUUUAAACCCUACAAUAGAGACCGCCCUUCAUCCUGCAACAGCGAAAUACAAAGACUUCUUGUUAGCAACUGCUUCCGGUAAUGUACAAGAUAGUGCUCCAGUACAGCAGUCAAAAAUUCCUGCUUAUACUCUUGGUGCUAUGACGCCAAGCCUGAGACUCUAUGCCUUUCUUAGUAAGGAGAUGCAAACACUUGUCAGUGCUUAUGUUGAUUCUCACCCAUACAGCAAGUGGUUCGAGGAAUAUUCUUAUAAAAGAUUCAAGGCAUCAUAUCGGGAUGCUGAGGAAUUGCUUGAUAAGCUAUGCAACUCUUUGUCCCAGGAAGAGAUUCAAGUCGUACAAAGGCUUUAUCGUCAUGCUAUGAGACUUGAAAUGGACUUCUUUUAUUCUCGGCAGUCUGAGCAAACCCUGAUCCUCCCAAUAUAUCCAAAUCUUGAUGCUAAGAAGGAACGUCUGAUGCUAUUUGCGGAUUUUGAUUUUACAUGUACCAGUGUGGCUUCUUUGGAAAUAUUAGCAAACAUUGAAAUAUUGAGUGCUCAAAAACCUGAUCAGCAACGGCAGGGUGAGGAUAGAGAUGGACAUUCUCAGAUUGCAUCAAUAGAUUUGGGGAAGACUUGGGAGCUUCUUUCCCAGCAGUAUGCUUUGGAGAAUGAAAAUUUCAAGAAGGAAAUUAUGCUCGGUAAAAAAGCUGUUAGUUUUGAUUAUGGACGACUCUACAGGGCGUUUGAGAAGCUCUCAUCUCCUGACGGGCAAGCAGUUCCAAGAAUAUUUGGUUCUGGUGUAUUGAAGGGCAUAAGCUUGGAGGGCAUAAAGCAAGCUGGCAAAUGUAUGAAACUUCAUAAUGGUUGCUUGAACUUUUUUGAGAAGGUGAACAACCCGGAUGUAUCUGUCACUGUAAUGUCAUGUUGGAGUGGGGAUCUAACUAGGUCAGCUCUUUCAGGUGAUUCAGACAUGUUGAACGUAGACGGGAAUGAGUUCACUUAUGCAGAUGGAAUAUUUACGGGUGAUGUAACUCGUCAGGCACAUCAGUCUGCUAUAGCUAAAGUUGAAUAUUUUGACGACAUGGUGUGGAAGUAUGGACAAGAACAUAUCCGUAUUCCCCGUAGUGUUUUCAUUGGUGACUCAGUUGGUGACUUGCUAUGCCUGGUUUCAGCUGAUAUUGGCAUUGUGGUUGGGUCAAACAAAAGCUUAAUUGAGGUAGGAAAUCACUAUGGUAUUACAUUUGUACCUCUGUAUGCUGCUGUGGUCAAGGAACAGAUAAAACGCCUCGAAACUGAUGCCUGGAUCUGGAAAGGUGGUAUGUGUGGUAUUCUUUACACAGUUACUAGUUGGACUGAAAUACACGCACUCAUUCUGGGUCGUGAUUUAGUGAGGAACUGUGAUCUCUCAUGACUAAAUAACUUCUGGCACUCAGCUGUUGGAGACUGGAGUAUGUACAAAUGCUGUGUGAUGGCGAGUUUUAUCAAGGGCCCCAAACUGAAGUAGCUAUAACUGUCUGAAUGAUGAUGAAGAUUUAUCUGUAUAGUUUCUAGUUUUUUGUUUUUCACAUCUGUUUUGUCUAUAGAUUUUGGUAUAUGUUCUCCUUACCUCUUUGAAAUGGUAACAUAACAUUGCAGUAAUACUGUAUAGAAGCAGGAUUUUAAUACAGAUUUUUGAGUUCGACUUUGA